GCGACAGCAGACGGUGGCGGCAUGAGCUACCACCAGCUCCCAGUGGUGAUCGACAACGGCUCGGGCGUGAUCAAGGCGGGCCUGGCGGGGACCCGCGAGCCCCGGUUUCUCUACCCCAACAUCGUGGGCCGCGCCAAGCGCGUGGGCAAGGCGGCCGAGGGGCAGGAGCUGUGCGUGGGCGACCAGGCGCAGGACAGGAGGAGCUCGCUGUCCAUCAGCUACCCGGUGGAGCGCGGUCUCAUCACUUCCUGGGGGGACAUGGAGGUCAUGUGGAAGCACAUCUAUGACUCUAACCUGAGCCUGAAGCCCUGCGAUGGUCCAGUCUUGAUUACCGAGUCGGCCCUGACCCCCAUAGCCAAUAGACAACAGAUCUCCGAAGUGUUUUUUGAGCACCUGGGUGUUCCUGCCUUCUAUAUGUCCAUCCAGUCUGUGCUGGCUCUCUUUGCUGCUGGCUUCACUACUGGCUUGGUGCUGAAUUCAGGUGCUGGGCUUACCCAGUGCGUCCCCGUCUUUGAGGGUUACUGUCUGCCUCAUGGGGUACAGCAGCUAAAUCUGGCAGGCCUUGACCUCAACAACCACCUCAUGAUGUUGUUGAAGAACCAAGGUAUCAUGCUGCUUAAUACUUCAGAAAGAAAAAUUGUUGCAGACAUUAAGGAGACCUGUUGUUACGUGGCAGUGAACUACGAGGAGGAGAUGGGCAAGAAGCCUGGUGGCGUGGAAAAAGUUUACACACUACCGGAUGGGAAGACCAUCAGGCUCUAUGAUGAGCAAUUUCGUUGUCCAGAGGCCCUUUUCUCUCCAUGUCUCAUGAACCUUGACGUCCCUGGCAUUGAUAAGAUGUGCUUCAGCAGUAUAAUGAAAUGUGAUACAGAUUUGAGGAAUUCCUUCUUUUCCAAUAUUGUCCUUGCUGGGGGAUCAACCUCUUUCCCUGGUUUGGACAAGCGGUUAGUUAAGGAUAUAGCAAAGGUGGCCCCUGCCAACACCCCUGUGCAGGUUACAGCUCCUCCAGAAAGGACACUAUCGGUGUGGAUGGGAGGUUCUAUUCUUGCAUCCCUGUCUGCCUUUCAGGACAUGUGGAUCACUGCUGCAGAGUUUAAAGAAGUUGGACCCAAUAUAGUACACCAAAGAUGUUUCUGAAAUACAGAUAAAUGAUUAGAAAAAAAUGUUUUGAGCAUAUGUGACAAAC